AUGUCGACUCCGACAGCGUCAAAUCAAACGCCGCAGCAACCUGGUUCCGCCUCGAAGAAAGCUACCGGCCAUGUCACCACACCUUCACACCUGGGCCUCGCAUCCCCCGCUCCUCGUAGCGUGCCAUCGCCUGCAGCGACGCGCAAAGACCAUGCAGGAAAGACACCGGUCAACCACCCCACUGCCAGCUCGACUGGCAGCAAGACGCUCGGCAGCACACCCAUGGUACCCAAUCUGAGCCAGACCGGCAUGAGCUCCUCACCAGGCGCACACAAUGCGAGCUUCGGCACGCCGAGCGCUCUCGCUGGACUCGGCGUGGAUCUCGGGUCGACUACGCCUGGCCAACUGAGUAAUCUUCUGGCAGGCGGCGCGGCGAUGAUGCCUACCAUGAGCGAUCUGGGGUUGAGCUCGAGGAGUGGGAAGAAGAAUGAGGACGAGGAGCGAAGGGAUAAGAUGAGGCGGGUGUUGAAGAACAUCGGGAAGAGAAAGGGAAGAGUCAGCGAGCAGGGCAUCAGACGCAUUGGGCGGAGACUGGGACUUGAUAUCGACUUGGAUGGGGAAUCGGAAGAGAGGCCUCAUAAGGUGGGGAAUCGCCCGAUUGGCCUCGCCGGUACUCAAUUCAUGAUUGAUCUCAGUCUGAAGCAACAAGUGGCACAGAAGGUGGACGUCAUCAUCUCCAGUGAAGGUGCGGAUCUUGGGGAGUUUGCAACACCAGCGUCCGAGGUUCUGCUCAACGAUCUCAAAGUGUCAGACGGGAUCCAGCUGCACUCGAACCUGGACCGCUUCGCGAGGAACUUGAAUCGACUAUCACGCCUUGACAUCCUCUGCAAGACUGGCAAGGUUAAUUGCUUCAAUGCUAUCUAUGGUCUCUACAAGAACUUGAAGAAGCUGAACGAGCUGGAGAUCGAGGCGGUCAAGGCACGACUGGGGAGUGAUGUCGAUAAUGUGGAUGGGAAGGCACACGAUGAGGUCCUGCGCAAGAGAAGUGGGAAGCCGACGAUUCAUGCGCGAGAUCGAGUGGGCCUGGCGUUGGAAUACUGGGCAGCAGCGAACUCAUCCUCAAGUGGGCACCAUGAGUCCAAGAUGGAAGUCGACGGUGUCGAGAACUCUCAGUUAACCGCCGACACUCAGUCAGACGUUCACAGCCUCCAGAUCGAAGUGGAGAGUUGGCCUGCGCCUAUGCACACUGCGCUGCGGAUAUCCGAGGCUUGGCUUCCAGAGACCUUUGAUAUCCCUGAUCCAGAGUCCGGCGAGAGUCUUCCCUGGCAAGAUCCACCGCCAACGUAUGUGACCGAAAGCGAUGGACGAGGCAAUGUCAUGGCUGUGGACGGCACCCAACAGGUACCAGACCUCAGAUUUGUUGCGAAUCUAGACCCACCAGUCGUGUUGCCUUGGAAUAUGGUCAACGUCCUGUCCGAAGCUGGUAUCGACCUCCCGCCCAUUGGCCAGAUUCCAGACUUCUACGAUGCUUCAUUGAACGUAGAGACGGGCUCUGUGACAGUACCCUCUGAGCCCAUAGAAGCUGAGCAGAGCGUGCUGGCGUUACAGGAUGGUCAAGAGAAGGAUGUGCUCCAUCAUUACAUUCUCGAUGUCUCGAAGCCCGACCAUGGCUAUAAGCUUGAGAAGUUGUAUUUCUCGCAUCCCAGGCAACUCAUCAGUCUGUUGCCUGUCUUGCGACAGUGGGCUCAGGGGGGAUCUCUGAUACACAGCUGCUUUGGCGACAAGCAGGACAACACACCCAAACCUCAAGUAGCAACCAAUGGUGUCAACGGGAAACUUACCAAUGGCCAUGCGAACGACCUACAGUCCGACAGCAUGGACCUGGACGACACAAACGACCCCACACACGACAAGCUGACGGUAAACAUCGGCCUGUCCGUCCUCCCACAACCCACCCUCUCCGUCACCUUCCCGGAGUCGACGUCCCCGAAGAUUGGUAACACUAUCUUCCAGAUCAUGCCGAACGCCAGUCUAGCCGUGACGAGCUUCGAAGGGAUGGACGAGAUCAACGAAGCCCACAACCCAGACGGAUCACCGAGCGAGAAAGCGAAGAAGAUUGCGAGGGCCCUGGAGAGCUGUGGAGAUUUGGGUGUUUGGAUUGAGUGGAUGAGGCUGAGGCGUUGA